AACAACAAAAAAAAAACCACUGAUUGAGCGGCUCAAACAGACGACAAAGGUGAAUGAUGACGAACUGAAAAUCAGUGUAAUUCUUUGGUUUCAAUCACAGAUGGCGUUGCCCCUAUGGCCAAGAUGAACAAGCUGCGACAGGGGUACUUCAAAUAUGCCAAGCAUCACACAGAUGCGGAGGCUGAAGCGGUCCUCUUGACUGAGAUAUUCAGAGCUCAAGGGAAGGAGGUGCUGCCGCGAGGUACAUAUGAGCUCGAGGAUCCUACUGUUAAGAUGCCAGGGACGGAAUUCAUGGAGAAAAUAUCAAUACUGCUGGAGUAUUUCAUCCGUGAACGGUUGAAGAUGGACCCUGAGUGGAAAGACAUCAAGGUAAUAUUAUCUGAUGCAAAUGUUCCUGGAGAAGGGGAGCACAAGAUCAUGUCCUUCAUUCGGGCACAACGGAGCACGGAAAACUAUGAUCCGAACACCCGUCAUUGUAUGCAUGGGCAUGAUGCAGAUCUCAUAAUGCUCGCUUUGGCAUCUCACGAAGUCCACAUUUCAAUUUUGCGGGAGGUCAAUCCAAAUGGCAGGAUACCGGCAAGACUGUAUCAGUUUGUGAACAUAUGGGUUCUGAGAGAGUACUUGGAAAUUGAAAUGAAGGCACCAGAUUGCAACCAAGAUAUUGAGAGACUAAUAGAUGACUUUAUCCUUAUUUGUUUCUUGACGGGAAACGAUUUCAUUCCACGGAUUCCUUCACUAGAGAUAAAUGAAUUUGCAGUUGAUCUUCUCAUUGAAGUGUACAAGACAACCUUCAACAAAAUGGGGGGCUAUAUUAUCAACACAGACAAAAUCAAUGAUAAAAACGGCACGUAUCUGGAAGUCUCGAGGUUGGAAAAGUUCCUUCAUGAGUUGUCCUUGUGCGAAGAGAGAAUUUUACUCAAAAGAUAUGAACUUCGAGAGAAGUUACUGUGCAAGAUACAGCGUGAAGCUGCGGAAGACAAAUGGGCCAAGGGAGAGGACAGGGCCGAGAAGAAAACGUCCUCCGCGCAAGUUUAUUUGUAUCCUGUGGAGACUCGGCUUGAAAAAAAGUCUAAUGACGUGGUCAGAAAGAAUACCAGGGAGCUGUGGAGAACUGUUAAUGACAUUUGCCGUAGUAAGGAUGACCUUUCUAAAAAUGGAGCCUGCAAACAAGAGAGGAUAAGACUGGGGUGGAAAUCCCAGUUCUACACAGAGAAAUUUGGUGCCGAAACUUCUAAUGAAGUUGGAAGGCUGCAGACUGAAAUGGUUCAGAAGUAUUUAGAAGGAUUAUGUUGGGUGCUACAAUGCUAUUUUUCUGAAGUUCCUUCAUGGACUUGGUGCUACCCAUUCAAUUAUGCUCCUUUCGCAUCUGAUUUCAAAUAUCUGUCUCAAUUCAAGACAUCUUUCACCAUGGACAAACCACUAAGAGCAUUUGAUCAGCUCAUGGCAGUUUUGCCACCAGAAAAGCAUGUUUUGUCAUGUGCCCUUCCAAAAUGUUACAGCAAAUUAAUAGGCUGUGAAGAUUCCAUAAUACAAAUAUUCUAUCCGUCAGAGUUCGAGAUUGAUUCAGAUGGGAAACGUUUCUUGUCGCAAGGCAUUGCAAAGUUGCCAUUCAUAGAUAAGGAACUGCUGCUUUCAGCCACCAAAAUGGUAGAGAAAGAUCUCACGGAGGAUGAAAUGAGACUUAAUGAUGUUCGGCAAGAGAGGAUCUUCCUGAGGAACUCACACAGUCUGGCAAAUAAUGCAGCAUUUGUGCCAGCAAUGUCCGACUAUCCGCAGGAAAAGCUUUGGAUGGACACUAGUGAAAUCGGAGGAUGGCUCUCACCAGAUGAGGGGGCUCAGAGCUUUGCAUCAAGAAAAAACAAGGUUCAAUACGUGUCGAUGUCAAUAAGCGAUAUAGAUAUGACAGUAUCAGCAAUGUUCUUUAACCCUGAGGCAGUGAAGCCGAUUUCAAGAUUACUUGACAAUGUCAUAGUGCCUGACAAGACUAUAACUGAAGCGGACAUUCGGAAGAGACCGAUGUGGCACACGUACCCGGGUCCAAGGCCAAGACCGCCGCAUAUCACCCACAGGCCAGAGACCCUGUGCAGGGCGAGCUCGACGGCGACACCGAGGGAAGAGCAUAAGCUAGCCGGGGAGGGGUGGCUGGGACGGGGGAGAGGAAGCGCCCCCGCCCCCGCCGCCCCCGCUUCCCAGACACGGCAGAUCGGGCCGAGCGGCUACGGGAGAGGUUCCCAUGGUGUGGACAUGGCGCAGAGCCGAGGCGGCCGGUUCGACGGCGGUGAUGAGUGGGCAGGAGGAGGAGGAGGCGGCGGCGGCACGGUGAAGAGGCCGGAGACGGAGGGGCGGCCCGUUGGGUUGUGGGCGAGAGGAGGCGGCCGUCGCGGGAGCGGGCCAGCCCGCGCGCGGUAGCAUGCUUUAGUUCAUCUGAGGCCCGUUUCAAGCUUUGGGCUGGCCGAAGUAUCAAGCCCGAAGCAGAAAAUCUAGGGACGAGCCCAAAGCAGAAGUUUCAGGUGCGCAUGAGGGCAUUGCUAAAAAAAAAAGUCCAUUGGUUGGUAAGAUAUUCUCUUUCAUGUAAGUUUAGAGGAAAGGUAUACACCCAAUGUUAU